UUAUCGCACAUAAUGUUAUUUGUAAAGAGCUAUUUAUGAGAAAAUGGAAAAGCUAUUUAUGAGAAAAUAAAAGAGUUAUUUAUGGAAUCAAGAAAAUCCAAUUACGAUUCGAUAUCAUAACCGACCUGAAAAAACAGGGGAUGGUAAACGAGAUAUUAAAUGUUGACGUUGAAUAGACGAUAAAUGGAUUUAUCUUUCUCGCAAAGGAACGUCGAGGUCCCUUACCCCGACAAUCUGCGAUAGAACGGAAUCAAAGACGACGAGACGUUUUCAGAUGCAUCAGUGCAUCGAUUUUCCCGGAGCCGGCAUUGCAUUGACAUCGAUGAGCGAAGAUGAUCGUUUGUCGUGGAACACUAUGGAUAAUCGCGGUACUCAUUCUUCUCAGUACAUGUCUAUUGACGUCCACAAAGCCACAAAGUAGACUCACAACAAAAGCUCUGCAUCAACAACAGCGGUCCAGGACCAAAGCAGGACUCGUGAAGGCGAUAUAUAAGAAUCACGAGGAUGAGUUCACUCGCAGCAGAACGAGAAGGAACCAUGUCGGUGAUUAUACGCUAAGAAACACGAGCGAUUAUUAUGCGGAGCGUAGAGCCAUCAUGGAAAGAUACUACGCCCGACAACGUGAGAUAAACGCGCAAUAUGCUAAUCGAACGAGCAGCAUCUUGGGAUCGAGACGUAACAACGUUGCAUCGCAGCAUCGGCCGAUGACGAGGAACGCUACUCUGCUUAAUCUCGGAUUGGAAUAUCCCAACAAAAACUCGAAAGAUAGAGCGACUCUUCGUUAUCCUUAUAUAAGAAUCGAUCCUUUGUACGGCAACGAGUCGUGGGACAACGGGAUAUCGAUCGAGUCGGACAAUCGAGGAGAUAUCGCGCCGGAGACCAACUUCGGCUUCAAAUCUGACGCAAAUUUAUCGCAAACGAGAAACACCAGCAACCUCGAGAGAAACGCAUUGGAUUAUAUCACACCCACACCGUGCACGAACGUGUCGUUAUCUGGUACAUAUGCGCCAAAAGUGCAUACUAAAUACGAGCAGAAUUACACCCACGAGACAGAGCAGAAGUUUAAUCGCACGAAUAAUAAUAACAAUUCCAUUGAAAGCGACUAUCAAAAUUGGGGAACGUGCGAAGGGAAGAUCGUGUAUCAGCAUAACUUACUUCUAGGAUUGAAGGGUCCCUCGAAUCUCGACACGCUGUUCGAAGUAAUCAUUCAAGGGCCUAUUUGUAUCACUUGCGUGGAGGUGUUGCGAUAUAACGAAACUAGGGCGACGGUCACGUUGGAUUCCGGCGGACGUGGUCACGAAUACGUGAAAAUUAGGCUAAAGGGUUACGAGAAUGAAGGAUUUUCCUAUAUAAUAAAAGUUUGGGGUGUCAAGAAAAUUGGUCAGAAUUGCGACAACUAAUUAGGAUACGAAAAUGUGAUAAUGAAAUAGCUCAUCUCUCGCGAAAUAACAUUAUCACACAUCGAUUAUAUACGUGCGAGAAAAAUCUUUAAUUUAAUAUA